UUUGCCAAAUGCCUUUCCAAUGGAAAAUUUGAAAGAAACAUGAAACAUGAGAAAGAACUUUCCUUCUCUUCUCCUUCCUAAUCCUUUCUUCGAUUAAUUAAACAACAAAAACUAAACCCCGCACAACAACAUGUUUAAGAGCCGGCCAUGAUUGCCAAGUCGUUAAGACAUACUUUCUCUCCUCCCUCCAAACACCAUUGACUUGAAGCUACCCACAUGCUUUCUUUAACUCCUCUCAUAACCCCAACAAAAACCCACUUCAAGUUUCAAUUUUUGUGCCCAACCCUUUUCCCAUAAGCUUUGGAUUACAUUAUAGUUCAAUAUUUGAUUCAUUCUUUUCUAGCUUCCCAUUUCUCAUUAUUGCCCAAAAUGAGCUUUUUCUGUUAUCUUGAUAACUUUUGAGUUUUCAUUGACUAGUUGAGCACAAAUCCAGCCUUUUCAGUUCAUUUAACUUGUCAUCAAUGCCGGACAUGAGCAAAAAGAAGAUCAAAUUUAGCAGUUCUUGGUCAUUGGUAUUAUGGGUCAUUUUUGCUUUUGGUUUGUUACGUUUCGUCCAGUGUCAGGAUGUGGGUGACUAUAAUGAAGUCGACAAUCCUGCUGUUCUUCCUCUCCUCACCCAGCUUGUCUAUAGCAGGCUAUCAAAUUUGACUGCUGUUCUCAGUAGAGAGAUCAAUAACCGGUCCAAUUUCUGCGUGAAGGAUCCGGAAGCUGAUUGGAAUCAAGCAUUCAAUUUUUCUUCCAAUUUGGAUUUCUUGGCUACUUGCAUUCAAAAAACUAAAGGAGAUAUCACACGAAGGAUAUGUACAGCAGCAGAAAUGAAAUUUUACUUCAAUAGUUUCUUUGAGCCAUCAACACAUGACAAUUAUUUGAAACCUAACAAGAACUGCAAUUUAACCUCAUGGGUUUCUGGUUGUGAGCCAGGAUGGGCUUGCAGCGUUGGUCAGGACCAGCCAGUUGACCUUGAAAAUUCACAUAACAUUCCUGCAAGAUCUCGCAACUGUCAGACUUGUUGUGAGGGUUUUUUCUGUCCUCAUGGUAUUACAUGCAUGAUACCUUGCCCACUAGGUUCCUAUUGCCCACUUGCAAAACUCAAUAACACAACUGGUGUAUGCGAACCAUAUCAUUAUCAACUACCUCCAGGACAGCCAAACCAUACUUGUGGAGGAGCAAACAUAUGGGCUGAUGUUGGUAGUAGUAGUGAGAUAUUCUGUUCAGCAGGAUCAUACUGUCCGACAACAGUCCAGAAAAAUUCUUGCAGUAGUGGACAUUAUUGCAGGAUGGGUUCCACAUCUGAGAAACGUUGUUUCAAAUUGACUUCAUGCAAAGCAAACUCUACAAGUCAAAAUAUUCAUGCAUAUGGAAUAAUGCUCAUG